AUGAAUAAAAAUAUCAAAAUGCGUGGACUUUCUGGGUAUCACAUCAUGAUAGUCUCAAUUUACUUUGAGACAAUCAAAAAACUUUUUAACUUGAAAUUAGUAUGCAAGAAAUUUAGAGGCAUUAUGGAGAAGUUUCACUUCAACCCGAUUCGGUUAAAUUACACAACAAUUAGGUACUUUCCAAACAUCGAGAUACUUCAUUUGUGGAAUAGAGAUAAAGAGAAUUUUUUAAUGGAAUAUUCGUCCCCAUUGAAUAUUAUGAAUAUAAAAUUCAGUGUUACAAUACCAUCAAGUGUGAUAUCAAUAGGUGAAUAUUGUUUUAAUAAAUGCAGUAGUUUAACUAAUGUUACAAUACCAUCAAGCGUCACAUCAAUUGGAAUUCAAUGUUUCCCAUUAAAUACAAUAAUUCAUCGUGAUUAA